AUGAUCACCCUCGGUGGUUUUGCCGUCGUAGUCCCCGAAGGAAGUGACGAUUCGGAUAUUGAAGUAAUCCCACCCAAUGGGCUUCAUUAUUACGCGAUUGAUGAAUAUCACUAUGGGCGUAUCAAGCGCCUCGCAAACCUUUUUAAGGACUUUGACGCUAUGCAUAGUGAUCUGUUGGUCGUUUCAUCGGCGAUAGGGGCAUCCGAAGCUCCACUGGAAACUAAAACUGCAGCGCAAGAAGCAUGCGAACUUAUCGAGAAAGGCCUUAUUGACUUAACCAGUGACGCCAAGGAAUACACCGAGUUAGGAAACAUCUUCGAUAAAUACCGCGAGAUGUUGGACGAAUUCAAUCAUGGUGGCGCAACGCAGGAAAUGUCAGCUGAGCUUCGUGCCGCUGUAAGCGCUCUGGAGCAGCAGUUCGACGGAAAGCAAGCACUGGUGAUCGGCGCUACAAGUCACCGUCUGCUAGAUAUCGAGGCUAGGAUCAGCAGAGCAGCAGAUUUCAUUGAAGAACACCGGGCUGUCGUAGAAACCCAUCAUGAAACUAACAAACCCGUGGAGCAAGAAGAAAUACCUCCUUUUCAAGACCCAUUGGCCCCUCAGUCUCCCGAUCAAGGCACCCAUGAAACCGAAGAAAUAGAUGGUGACGUAGUUAAUGGUGAUGAAAAUACAGCUCAACCUGCGGAAGCCAGUGAAUAUGUGCAAAUAGACGACGAGGAACCAGAAGACUCAACUGAAGAGCACACCAGCGAUUUACAGGAACGUACCCCACCUGCUGACGAAAGCAUGGAAAGGAUAAGGGCAUACCUCAGGGAUCGUUCCAUUUUGCCCAAGUUGAGUAAACUCCACAAAUACGCCCAAAGCAUCGAUGAAGUUAUGCAUGGCCUUACAGUGGAUGAAGCCGAUUCGAUCAUGGUUCCUAAAAAAACCCUUUCAGGUGUUCCGCAAUGUACCGGGGCGUCCGGCACCCUCUGCGACAUUGUGUUUGGCCAGUCUGCAAAGAUUGACAUGGCAUACGUUAUUUACAAACGUUACGGUGAGAUCAUUGAUACACUGGAAAAGACGGACCCAAACUCCCCUCAGGUAAAACAAUUAAUGGAUGAGCAACAGCAACUAGAGAGAGAAUUCGAGAGGUUCGAGCCUCUCGUGACAAUGGAAAUUUUGGACAUUGCCGAACGUGACGAAUUGGCAACAAUCCAUCUUUUGGAAGUUCUUAAAGUGAUGGUCGACGGCGAGUCGUCACCUGAGAGCGUUGCUGACGAGAUCUCCACGUCGCCAGCCGAGAAAAGUAGCGGAGCAGAGGAUGCGCCUACAACUGAAGGCGACGCCGCUGGCAACGGAGACAUUGCCAAGAAAAUGCGCGGCACAAAGGACACUGCAGCGUCUUCGGGAAUCGUGGCAAUGGGCAUUAGGGCCAUUCAAGCCACAGUAGCGUUGUAUAUGAUCGCUACGCUUUGA